CCUGCACGCUGAGCCCCGGCCCCUUUCCGGUGCCAACUGCUCCCCCCUGCUGGCGCCCCCGGCGGGUGACGUCAUCAACGCGCGCCGGUGGUUUUUCUGAUCGAAUAUAUUUUCUUUGCUCGGGGCUGCCGAAGAAGGAGGAGGAGGAGGAGGAGGGGGGGGUGGUGCUGCGCGCCACAUUGUUCGUGCAGUCGCGCCGCCGAGCGUGGAAAAAGGAAGAGAAAGAAAGCAAGGCAAAAAGAGAGAGAGAGAGAGGGGAGGGGAAAAAGGGCGAGAGGUUGCUUUAUUUUUUUCUUUUCCACUGUGGGAAGUCGGAAUCGCCAUUCGAGGAGGGGAAGGGAGAGGAUGUCGGAGGAGAAGGGGUAGCGCCUGUGUCUGCAAGCGGGCACAGUGGUACCGAUUCGGGGCGGGCAGGCACGACUCUUCCCUGGACCAGCUCUCCUUGCCAUCAGCUGUCUGGAGUCUCGAGGACCGGACAUCUGCGCCACUCCAGGACUUUGACACCCAGGACAUCCCAACCCUCGCCCCUCCCCACCGAGAAGGAGCAUGGCGCACCACGCUGGGGGUGACGUCAGGUUGCGCCCCAAGCCUCUGGGGGGGGAGGGCGUGGCGGCGGCGGCGGCGGGGGGGGGGUCAGACGAGGACCUCACCAGACACAUCGAGAACCUGAUCGCCCAGGAGCUCGGCGCCUGCUGCCUCUCCGACCUGGAGAACUCCUCGGAGCUUUCCCAGCCCCUCCCGGAGGCGGGGUGCAGGAACGAGGGGGCUGCCCCCCUGGGAGAGACCGCGGCGGCUCUGGCCCUGCCUUGGCGUGUGUCACAGUCUUCCCAGGGGCCACCCUCCCCGGCGGGACAUGGCGGCGGCUCUCCACUGUCCUCUCCGACAGAUCCCCAGCCCGCAGUGGCUGCGGCUCACCACAGCACGGCGCCAGCGGGCACCACGAACAGCGCCUCCUCCUGGAACAUGGAUCAGUACUCGGAUGUCAGCAGCUGCUCUGAGCCGGACACGGACAAGACGCUGGAGGAGUGGGGUGCGUGGGAGAGAGAGGGGGCGCUGUCGCCACUCUGGCAGGCCGCCUCUAGCCUUUCGCAAAACAGUUUGCCGGACCUCCUGGACAUCGGGGCCGCGGAGGGCGCUGAUCCCGAAAAGGGCCGCGGGAGGGAGGUGUCCCUCUCGGAGGAGGAGGGUGGAGACGGCCCGGCGGAGUCUCUCGCCUGUGCGGGAGAUCCGUUGCCCUCCCCGCUGGCUGCUGGGAGAGCCGGGACCGGAGGUGGCGUCGGGCCGGGGAGCUCGUCCUUGGGUGUGGGCGUGCCGACGAAGGUGCACCGCGCCCUGGACAGCGCCGGGAGCCCGCUGGACCAGUAUUCCAACAUCAGCAGCCCCCCCGAGGGCGAGGACGAGGACAAGAGGUCGUUCUCCGGAGAGGAUGCCGACGACGAUGACGACGACGACGACGACAAUCCGAGGCUUCGGCGGCGACCGGUAGACCCUAAGCAAACGCAGAAGUCAGGUGCUGAACCCAGUGCCGACUGUCCGCAGGACAACGACUCCAGCUGCGGCCCUGUGGAGGCUGCUCCUGCCGGGGCUGAGAGCACUGGCCCGGAACCGCCAGCAGGGGGCGACGGUGAAGCGUGCCGGCACGCUCCCGACAUGGCAGAGCAGUAUUCCGAUGUCAGCAACUGCUCGGCCGGGGUUCCGGGCAAUGACCUCCCCGAGCCGGAGAGAGACAGCGGCCCGGAUUCUCCGCAGGAGAGGGUAGGAGAUUUGGAGAGAGAAGAGCCUAGCUGCUUAUCCGAGGAAGCUUGUCAGCCUUGGCAGCGGGAAGAGGGGGAUUCCGGGACGGCCCGGAGAGACCUGGACGAUUCUACAUCCAAGGGUGAUCCUGGUCCACCCAGACUUGUCGUGAUGGAUCAGGAACCCGGCAGCAGGGGCAUGGCAGAGGAAGACCGAAUUGUGAGCCCGACUCCUCGCCACUUGGGCGUCGAGCCAGAGCCUCCAGUGCUGGUGUUCUUGGAGCCCCAGUGCCGGCCCCCCGCGGCGACUGGGAAGGAAACUCCGCCAUCCCAUAGCUCCGCCCACGACGGCGCCGGGGAGCACAGAAAGGAAACGAGCCCCGCGCGGCCAGGAAGCUCGGCGACGCGCGAAGGAGGAGCCAAGCUCGCCGGCGAGGAAGAGGCGACGACCGGGAACGGUGGCCAGGACGAGGGAGCGGACGGAGAUGUCGGCCUCGCCUCGCUUGCAGGGGGUUUAUCGACGGCCAGCGACUCUCCCGCCAGGGACGACGCCUCUUAUCCUGAGCGGGCGGGGAGCGGAGCACAGGACGGAGGUCCCGGCGCGGCGCGGUCUUUGGAAUGCCCUGAGGGAUCCAGGCGGGAGUCGGGAGAUUCAACAGCGCAGGAAGGGAUCGCAGUGAGCUCCCCCGUGAUCCGGGAUGAUCACGGAGGAGUGGAAGACCGCGGAGCUGAGGAGGAGGGGGAGGCUUGUCGGCCUCCUGCGGGAGAGGCAGGAAGUGUCCCAGCUGACCCGCCGCCGGUAGCUGCCGGCCCCCGAGGGACCCCGGAAGCAGCCGCGAGUUUUGCUUCGCCUCGCCGGGUGCAGAGGCUGCUGUUCCCGGUGGUCGUCCUGAAGAAGUCCCCCCGGCCGGAGAGCGGGAGGAUGGUCUACCGCUGUGGCCAGUGCCACGAGAGGGUGGCGGACCUGAGCCGGCUCAUCGAGCACCACCACGUCCACGCCGGCCCCCCGCCCAGCCUGUGCUCGUGCACGACCUGCGGCAGGUUCUUCACCAGCGAGGGCCUCGCCCGGGCACACCUCUGUGGGCAGUGGCGGGGCAGCGGGGCCCUCCUCUUCUCCGGUGGCGGCGGCGGCGGCGGCGGGGGGGGUCAGCCGGGGGCGCCCGCGUGGGGCAGCGGUGGCCGGAUGAAGUGCCGGCACUGCAGCCUGCGCUUCCAGCGGCGGUACGAGCUGCACAAGCACGAGAGGAAGCACACCGGCGUGACCCCGUACCGCUGCAAGCAGUGCGGGCGGUACUUCGCCCAGAGCUCCAGCCUGAACCGGCACAUGAAGUCCGCGGCGCUGGGGGGGAAGUGGAGCACCUGCAAGCCGGGGAAGUCGGAGGUCGCCGAUGGCGAGGAACAAGGUCCCCGGUUCACCUGGAUCCGAAAGCCUCCCAAGAUCCCGCCCGGCCACCCUCACGCCUGGAUGGCCAGGUGCUACGUGAAGCUGGUGGACUUCCGGCGGGGGCCUGGGGAGCGGCCGGGCCCCGCCGCCGCCGCCGCCCAUACCGCGGGCCCCCACGUCUGCGGAGUGUGCGGGAAGGCCUUCCGGAAGCAGUCGCUGCUGCUGGUGCACAGCCGGGCCCACGCCGACGAGAGGCCCUUCAAGUGCUUCACCUGCCCCAAGACCUUCAAGUUCUCCUGCAACAGGUACUCGCACAUGAAGCUGAAGUGCGCCGGCAGCGCCGCCCACCGGGCCCGCCUGAUGGCCCGGCUGAAGAACGCGGAGGGGGGUCCGUACAAGUGCGUCCUCUGCCCCCGCCUCUUCAAGUACUCCUUCAACCGCCUGCGCCACAUGCGGCACCAGUGCCUCAAGGCGUUCGCCCAGCGGGGGCUCGGCCGGAAGGGCGGGCUGUUCAAGUGCGCCCUGUGCUCCAGCACCUUCUCCAACACCUCCAACCGGAACCGGCACAUGCGGCAGGUCUGCCUCAAGGACCUCACCCGCCGGGAGCAGCGGCGGGCCCGCAAGGACGCGCCGGACCCGCCGGACCCGCGGAGGCGGCAGGAGCUGCAGAGCUGGCGCGAGCGGGGCAAGGCGGACCUCCGCCACCCGUGCCCCCACUGCCCGCGGACGGAGAUGUCGGCCUCGCCUCGCUUGCAGGGGAAGAGCUUCCGCAAGCUGCACCAGCUGAAGACGCACCAGCGCACGCACACCGGGGAGCGGCCGUACCGCUGCCAGGAGUGCGGCAACAGCUUCGUGCAGAGCGCCCACCUCCGCCGCCACCUCCUGACGCACAGGAAGAAGAUCCGCUGCCUGGUCUGCAAGAAGGUCUUCGGCGCCGUCGGCGACCUGAUCAAGCACCGGCAGGCCCACGCGCAGAAGGGGAUGCUGCAGUGCCCCGAGUGCCCGCAGCAGUUCAGGUACCCUUCCUUCCUGCGCCGGCACCUCCGCGCCCACCAGCGGCGGGGCCCGCUGGAGUGCGAGGUCUGCGAGCGGAGCUUCGGCGGGCUGGAGCAGUACCACCGGCACCUGGACAGCCACCGGGGGCAGACGGAGUUCACCUGCGCCACCUGCGGCGGCGUCUUCGGCAGCCUCCGGGCCCUGAAGCUCCACCGCAACUUCCACGCGAGCAGGCGCCCCGGGCAGCACCGGUGCCGCUACUGCGGCAAGCUGUACAGCUCCUCCGGCACGCUCGCCCGGCACGUGCGCAUCCACACCGGGGAGAAGCCCUUCCGCUGCUAUGGCUGCGGCCAGCGGUUCGCCCGGCAGGAAGCCCUGAAGGCCCACGGGCCCAAGUGCCCCGGUCCGCCCGCGGACCCGCCGACGGGCCCCCGCAGGGGCGAGCCGGAGGGGAGAGGGGCGGACGAGCCGUUCAAAUGCAGGUUCUGCCCCAAAACCUUCAGCUGGGGCAGCAGCUUGUACAAGCACCACAUGAACCACAGGGACAAGGUGAUCUUUCCCUGCUCCAAGUGUGGCAGGUGCUACAGUAAGCUCUGGCUGGGGGCCCACGAGCGGUCGUGCGAGGGGCCCCAGGCUGAGGCGGACGGCGCCGCCCCGCCCGCCGGGGGGGUCACCUACUCCUGCGGGGGGUGUGGGCGCUGCUUCAGCCAGAAGGACAGCCGGGACAUCCACCAGGGGCGCUGCCCGGCCUUCGCGCCUGAUCCCGGGCCUCGGGGGAGGGAGGAAGACCGGAAGUUCAGGUGCCGGUACUGCCCCAAGUCCUUCAUGUGGCCCAGCAGCCUGACCAAGCACCACCUGAACCACAAGGACAACGUGGUCUGGCCCUGCUCCAAGUGCGGGAGGUGCUACAAAAAGGUCCGGCUCACGGCCCACGAGAGGUCCUGUGACGGCCCGCAGCCCGGCGCGGCCCCGACCCCCCCCGCCAACGCCAACGCCAACGCCAACGCCAACGCCAACGCCAACGCCAACGCCAACACCUGCAGCAAGUGCGGGCGGCGCUUUGCCAGGGUGUAUUACCUCAACGUCCACCAGAGCAAGUGCAGAGGCCCCCGAGCCCCCGGGCUCCCCGCCGAGCCGACCGCGGCGGCGGUGCCGGCGAUCUCCGAGGACGGCGCAGCCGAGGAGGAGGAGGGGGAGGGGGAGGGGGAGGGGGGAGAGAAGAAGUUCAGGUGCAGCUACUGCCCCAUGUCCUUCGCCCGGCCCGGCAGCCUAGAGAAGCACCACCAGAACCACCGGGAGAAGAAGGUGUUCCCCUGCUACAAGUGCGGCCAGUGCUUCAGGAAGGUCUGGCUGGGCGCUCACGAGCGAGCCUGCUCCUUCCUGCAGGGGGAGGCGGCGGGCGGCGAGGGGGACCGGGGCGCCCCCGAGCCGACGGAGCAGGCAGGCGAAGGGGAGGGAACCUCCGGCGGCACAUCCUGA